UCUCAGCGAGGAGAGGACCCAAGAAGGGAGGGGGGAGGAACGGACUCCCUCCGUUCUAACGGGCCUGAUUGGGCAGCCGGGGUUCUAAAGGGGUGUGGCUGGCCUUGGCCGAGGGUUAUAAAAUCGUUUGUUGGGCACCGGCCACCCUCAUUAAAGUGAGGGUGGCAAAGUUGGGGGUAUCACGGAGGGAAAGCAGAAGGAGGGUGACGGGAAGAAUACCUUAUAAAUAUACAUUUACAAACUUCCUAAACGAGAAGAUCUAGCCUCCACUCAGUAGGGGCUGUCUGAGCCCCCAAGUCAGUUAGGGAUAGGUUCCUGAUCAAAAGGGAUUUAAGUAUCGAUUAAGGCGCGUAUGUGAGCCCUCCAAAGAUCAGGGUAAAUCGCGCUACAUUACAACCUCCGUGCAGACCCAACACAAUGAAUUCCAAUGUUGAAAACUUGCCUCCACAUGUGAUCCGGCUGGUCUACAAGGAAGUCUCCAUUCUAACAUCAGAUCCACCCGAGGGCAUCAAGGUGUUCCCCAAUGAGGAGGACAUUACAGAUGUGCAGGUCACCAUUGAGGGACCUGAAGGUACUCCUUAUUCUGGUGGCCUCUUCCGCAUGAAGCUGAUUCUCGGCAAAGACUUCCCUGCCAGUCCACCAAAAGGCUACUUCCUGACCAAAAUCUUUCACCCCAAUGUGGGUGCCAAUGGUGAGAUCUGUGUCAACGUCCUCAAAAAAGACUGGAAAGCAGAACUGGGCAUCCGACAUGUCCUGCUGACCAUCAAGUGUUUGCUGAUCCACCCCAAUCCGGAGUCUGCCCUGAAUGAGGAGGCAGGGCGCCUCCUGCUGGAGAACUAUGAGGAGUAUGCUUCCCGAGCUCGGCUCCUGACCGAGAUCCACGCCCAGCCCUCCUCUGGCUUGCAUACCAAGAACCCUGCUGAGCCUUGCUCCUCUUCGGCAGGUGCCUCCGGGGAGGGUCCCAUGGCCAAGAAACACGCAGGUGACAGAGACAAGAAACUGGCUUCCAAGAAGAAGACUGACAAGAAGCGAGCUCUCCGGCGGCUUUAGGGGGUGGGGGGUGAGGGUCCGAAACACAGGUGGGUUGUGGGCAUUGGGGGUUCCAUAGUACAUUCUCAGUUUCUCCUCUCUUCCUCUGCCACCUUCACUAUGAGACUGCAGUCCAACUUUGUCUUGCCCUUGUCGGAUUUUUCUUCUUUUCAGUCUUUAAGUUAUUUAAAUUAUAAAAGCAGAAAAAUCUAUUAAAUGCCUUUGUUUUCUAAGGAAGGCUCUUAAUGUAUGGUUGUGCCAUCAUAUAAAGCGGGGGUGAGGACCAAUUGAAAAUACCUGGCCCCUCUCCUUAAAAUGAGGAUCUUCUAGGAGCCCAAACUUACAGAAUUCAGAUGAUUUGGGAAGAGGUACCUCUACUUUUUUGAAGAAGAUUGAAAAAGCUGCUGUUUUCAGUUUAAGGGAGAAAACAUUGAGGAGGGGAUUAGGUAUGGGUUUAUGAAACUAUAAACUGGAGCAAGGUAUGAUGAUUUCUUAGAUUUCAGGGUCAGUUUGUGAAAUUGCUUCAUAUAGCAUAAAGAAAAUGUUUCUUCAGCUAAUACCUGAUUCAGGAGUUCAUUGUCAUGAGAUGCAGAAAUGGAUGUGAGGGCAGGUAUCUUUAUAGAAGGGAGAAUCUGUGUAUCUUAGCAACACAGGUCAAAAUGAGACUAUGUUUAGGGGUUAUAUAGAUCUACCAGAUGUUCAGGUGGGGGGAGGCUGGAGUGGCUGUUCUGGGAACAUCUGCUUGGCUAUGCGGCAGCUUGAUAGAACUGAGUGAUCUCACUUUGUUCCGGGGAAGUUCACACAGUUAAAACAUGGGUGUCAUAAGCAAAAAAGAUGGUUUAGUGCAGGUGAUUUUAUGAUAGCCCUCGGAUGGGCUUUUUGAGAAAUGGCUGGCCAGAAUUUCAUACUUAAACAUUAACUUGCAGUGAUAGGAGAAUGUGAGAACUUGCUGGCCACAUAGAUGCAUUUCUGUACCAGAAGUUCAGGGCAAAAUCAGCAAAUAGGCCUUCUGUCCCACAAUCAGCAUUCCUGUCUUCCCUGUGUUCAGCUCUGAAAUCUACUAUUUAUUACACUUAGUUUAUUUGUACAGUAUUUCUAUGUUCCUUUAGUACUGAACAAUCUGGACCCUUAAUCAUCACCUGCAACUGCCACCACAGAGCGACUCAAAAUCUGCUUGCCCUUGUCUUUAUCAUUUUAUUAUCUAAUUUUUAUGGAUGCUUAAAAACUUUUAUAUAACUAUUUUGUGGGGUUUUCCCAAAGUGGCAAGUCCAUCAAAGAUUUUUUUUAACCUCCUACUUUC